AUGUCCCUUCAAGUCCGUCCUCACUCCAAUUCCGACCAACCAGACAGCAGACUCUUGUCGCUCCCUGACGAGCUCGAGGUGCUGAUUUUGAAGCAGCUUCUAUCAAGGGGAGCACUCGAAGCCAUGCCUUCUUCGAACUAUGAUCUCACAGCCGCAAUUCUCUAUACAUGUCGGGACCUGUACCACAAAGGUACAGAGGUCCUGUACAAAGACAACACUCCAACGAUGAUCUUGCAACCAGGAAAUUGGAUGGGUCAUCGCAGAUGGAAGAACAAAGCCCCAGGCCACUUGCCUUAUAUUGACCAUGACGGAGCGUUCGUGAUCCUGGGCGAAGUGUACAUACGACCGACAUGGUAUUCCGAGCACCACAACCAAGUGCCCGCCGCCAUACCUCGUCCGAGAACGUGGUCGACGAUUUCCAGAUUCAGAGCUAUUGAGCUAUUGAUUGCCGGACCCACGGACAACUUCUCUCCUGGAACGAUAUGGGACUUUGUGUUAAUGGCUCGUCAAACACUGCCUAACACGUCGAUCAAGAUAAUGUUCCAGUGUCCUAACCGUUGGGUGGACUUCAACCGCACCAUGGAACUGCCGGUGUUCGAAGUGUGUCUCAAAGCCUUCUCACAGCUUAGAUGUCAACAGAUCGAAUUUGCGAACAUCCCUAGUGGUGAACCUCAAAUCGAGCAGUUAGCCCGAUCGGUCGAGAGACUUGUCAUGAGUCGUGAGCCGGUGGUUGACUACUACUCCAUACUGUUGCAGUACGAGGAUGACUUGGAUGCUGUCUUUUCUCCAGACUCGACAUCCAGGGCAUGCACGUACUUGAGAACUAUGCAGGACAGGUUGGUCAACUAUGAGAUAGGUGACUUCCGGCAAGCAUUGAGGCUGGGAUCGUUAUUGGUCGAGCGCUACAAGAGGCGUCAAGCAGGGCGAGUGAGAGCGAGGGCAGUGGAUGCCAAUCGUAUUGCAAGACGGGUCAAAGCGCGUCGGGAAGAGCGGCGAAAGAGGAGACGGAACGCUCUGAUCAGCUAA